AUGCUCCCCAUCCCUAGCUUAUCAUCGCUGGCAACGCUGGCACUUAGUGCCACCGCCGUUAUUGCUCAAGACGUGCAGCAGCGCCAGCCCAAUGUUGUUUUUAUCCUAACAGAUGACCAGGACCGGCAGCUGGGCUCUCUUGACUAUAUGCCCUAUGUUCAGAAGCACUUUGUCAAAAUAUGCUGUCCGUCCCGUGUCAGCCUGCUAACGGGCCAGGCGGCGCACACCACCAACGUCACUAACAUUGUUCGUCCUCACGGAGGUUACCCCAAGUUCGUGUCUCAGGGCUACAACGACAAGUAUCUGCCUGUGUGGCUCCAAGACGCCGGCUACAAUACCUACUACACCGGCAAGCUCUUUAACGCCCAUGAUACCGGCAACUGGAAUAACCCUUUCCCCAAGGGGUGGACUGGCAGUGACUUCCUCCUGGACCCCAACACUUACCUGUAUCUCAACGCGACGUUCCAGAGGAACCAAAGCCCAUCUCAGACCUUCCCUGGCGAGUACAGCAACGACUUGGCCGCCGAAAGAGUGUUGGGUUUCUUAGAUGAUGCUUUCGGAUUCAAUGGCAGCAAGCCCUUCUUCCUCGGUGUUGCACCCAUCGGUCCUCACAAUAAUGGCCUUGGCGGCGAAACAAGUCCAGGUGCCACACCCCCUAUCCCGGCAAAGAGGCACGAGAACCUGUUCGCCAAUGUCACUGUGCCUCGCACUUACAACUCCAACCCUGUCAAGUUGAAUGCUACCGAGGUGGCCUACGGCGACAUUUACUACCAUCGCCGCCUCCAGGCGCUGCAGUCCGUCGACGAGAUGGUCGAUACCAUCAUCAACCGCCUCGACCGAGCAGGCAUCCUUAACAACACAUACGUUAUAUUCACGUCUGACAAUGGCUUUCACACCGGCCAGCACCGCCUCAAGCCGGGAAAGACGUGCUCUAUUGAGGAGGAUAUCAAUGUGCCGUUCCUGAUUCGUGGUCCCGGUGUGCCCAAGGGCAAAACGGUCGACUUCGAUUUUGAUGGACCUCCCAUUCCCUUUUCUGAGAAAGACAUCGAGAAGGCACAGAAUGACCCCAAGCACGACCACGUCAACGUCGAGUUCUGGGGACUUCAGUCGGGUUAUGACGCCUUCGGAGGCGUUGCCGCGAAUAACACGUACAAGGCCAUGCGUGUUCUGGGAGAUGGAUACAGCUUGUUCUACUCGGUCUGGUGCAGCAACGAGCGGGAGCUCUACGAUAUGAAAAAGGACCCGGGCCAGAUGGUCAACCUAGCUGGGAGCGCCUCCGGCCAGCUUCUUGAGCAUCCGUUAUCUGUCGUGCAAGAUCGCCUCGACGCCCUCCUAUUGGUUCUGAAGAGCUGCAAGGCAGAGACCUGCAGGCUUCCUUGGAAGCACAUCCACCCCGAGGGCGGCGUCGACAACCUGCGCGAUGCUCUUGACGUCAAGUACGAUGAGUUCUACGCGGCACAGCACAAGGUCUCAUUUUCCAGCUGCAAAGACUUUUACGAUAUCAGCGCCGAGGGUGCCCAGCAUGCGCUGACCUUUUACGACCCGUGA